CUCUCUCUCUUUUUUUUUUAAACAAAUAAUAACACACUAUUUUUCUUUUUCAUGUGUUUUUUUUUCUUUUUUUCUUCAAAGCAAAGACCUGGAAUCCGUCAACCCCUUGUCCUACGCUAACUUUUUUCCCUUUUUACUACAAUUUUAAUUUCAUGUCGUUUUAAUUUUUUUCCAAAGAAAGAAAAAGAAAAAAACUCAGUUAAGACUAUCUCAAAAAAACACACAAACGCAGAAGCUCCCACAAAACAUCCUCAAAAAACCACCUUAACAACCCGGAACUAACUGUCCCUCCCCCCAAAACCGCCUUUUUAUCCUCAAUACCACCUUUCUUUUUAUACAACCCAAAUUUUCUAAACCGGGUUUCUGAUUUUUUUAAAUUUUCUUUAAAAAAAAAGGUGCUUUUUUUUUUAAUUUUUUGAAUUGGUGGUGGUGGUGAUCGCCGUCGUCGUCGUGGAGGAGAGCGAUUGAUAAAUUAGAUCCGUACGCGUGGUAGAAAUGGGGGCCGAGGUGAUUGAGGUGUGGGGUACGUGGGAAGAAUUAUUAUUAGGUGGAGCUGUUCUCCGGCACGGUACCCGAGACUGGAACCUUGUUGCUGCGGAGCUCCGAGCCCGAACCGUUUGUCCGUACACUUUCACUCCCGAGGUGUGUAAAGCUAGGUAUGAGGACUUGCAACAGCGUUUUUCGGGACGCAAAGCUUGGUUUGAAGAGUUACGAAAGCAACGAAUGGCUGAACUGAAGCGAGCUCUAGAGCUAUCUGAAAAUUCAAUUGGGUCUCUGGAGUCAAAACUUGAAACUCUCAAGGCUGAAAGAGGAAAUGACUGUCAUGUCGACUAUUUCUCCAGCCAGACAGAAUCACCAGUACAGUUUCAGAAAUCUGAGGCAGUUGUAUCAUCCAGUAAAGAGACAUCUAAAGAUGGACUCUCUGCUGGUAGUUUCACAAGAGAAACCCGAACAAACUGGUCACCCGAAUCUGAGACUCCAGCCACAGCACAAGCUGAAGAGAUGGAUGCUAAGCCAGAGGUUUCACGGUCUUCUGAGCAAGAGAAAGUUUCAAGCAUUGAGAAGCUAACAGAGAUUGUUUGUGGAGGACAAAUUGGAACUUUGAGGAGGAGGAGAGGAAAGAGGAAGAGGAAGUACUGUAAUAAGGAUUUCAAGGAAGGGAGUGUCAGUGAAAGUGACGUUUGGGGUGUAGCUGAUACUUUAAAUGCCUCUUGGUGUAAAGAAAAUUCAACCAGCGAAUCCGGUCAUAUUUCCAGAUCUUGUGGUGUUGUUGAUCAAAGUGGAAGCCAAGGGAAGGAUAGCAUUGAGGAUCUCAGGAGAACUUUUGAAUAUGUUGCACAGAAUGAAAGUGCCUCUGUUUUCCGCCGGCGUCUUGAUAGCCAGAAAAGAGGACGGUACAAGAAAAUGAUCUUGCGGCACAUGGAUUUUGACACAAUAAGAUCAAGAAUUUCCAGUAACUCCAUCACAUCAGUCAAAGAACUCUUUCGGGACCUGCUGCUACUCGCCAACAAUGCUGUGGUCUUUUAUUCUAAGAACACUCGUGAGUACAAAUCUGCACUGCAACUUAGAGCCUUUGUGAUCAAAACUUUGCAGCAACACUUCAAGGACGAAUGUAACAAGCCUACAACUUCCACUCCAUCCUUUAGGUCACCUAUGCAUAAGCCUCCGGCAAAACCUCGAAGUGCUCGACCUGGUAAUCACAGACACUCACAAAAAGUUGCCAAUGCCGGAAAUGUUAUUGAUAAGCUUCCUAGCCGAGGUAAACGAUCAAAUAAUAAUGAUUCCCCUCUGUCGAUGGAAUUAUCAGCAGUGACAAAGAAACAGCCAGGUACGAAAGCUGAAACAGCAGCGAGGGGAAGGAAGAGAAGCCGGCCUAGGUGAUUAUUAUAGAUAUUGUUUUUGUAACAUGGCUUGUUUAGUAGAGUCCUCAGCUGUACAAAAUCGUUCCUGUGUCUAGCAAAUCACUUGUAAAAUUUACUGUAAACAAAUCCAAUUAAUUAGACAAAAAGAAAAUUUUAUCUGCCCUUGUA